AUCAUCAACCAGUGUGCACUGGAGCCUUGUCUGAACGGAGGGACGUGUGACGGAAACGAAUCGGACUUCAAGUGCGCAUGCCCAGUUGAGUGGACUGGAGAUACAUGUGCAGAUAAGGUUAAUUUCUGUGACAGCUCCCCUUGUAAAAUGGGCCAGUGUACACCGGAUCUAUCGACGGCAGCUCGGUUCAAGUGUGACUGUGAUUUUCCUUGGGUAGGGGAGAGAUGCAACCAAAGGGUUGACAUUUUCAACAUCACACUCCUGGGUGAGAUUGAUCAUACAAAUAGAGGUGAGCUGGCUGUCGGCUUGAAGAGACUCGUCAUCGAACUCGGGGGAAUUCCAGGAAAAGUGGAUGUCACCUUUAGAACAAAUACAAAGAAAGAAAGCAAUUACACCACAACGCACGUACAUCUCUACUCUGCUGUGGAAAACGGCUCAUUUCUGGAGAGUUCUUCAUUUGAUAGAAUUUUCGAAUCCAACCCUGACGAAGUCAUUGAUGAAUAUUUGCCUCUUCCGUUGUUCCCUCCCCGAGAAGAAGAGGAGGUGAAAGCCAAGAGUCCACAUGACAGCUGGGACACAAACCAAUAUGUGUCGAUCAUUCUACCUCCUGUAGGACUUGUCCUGAUGACCGUGCUGCUUCUGGUGGCUUUCUGCACCUGGAGGAGACGAUCAGGCAAGCGAGAAAGUCGACUCAGGACUCUUGUGACGGUUGUGCCAUGCAACAGGAUCCUAAACAGACCCGGUACAAACACAGGACAUCUUCACGAUGCAAGUGUAUCUUCUGACGGCAGCACUUGUACCCCCAUCCAUGACGUAGAUGAAGGAUCAGUCGACUCACACUGUGAUGACUCGUCACAUAUCCAAGUUGAUACUGGAGUUGUGAUAGUUCAGCUAGUGCGUCGUCAUGGUGACGAGGCACCACCUGACACACACUGUGAUGACGCAGCACACAUUGACGUAGGUACUGAAGCUAUGACCCUUCAGUCAGUGCGACGUCAGGGUCUCAGCGUGUCCUUGAAUGACAACGCGCGUCACGGUGACGAGGCACCACCUAACGCACACUGUGAUGGCGUGUCACACAUCAACGUAGGUACUGGAGCUGUGACCUUUGACAGUGGAAGACUACAGGGUGCCAGCGAGGCUCGGGAUGACAACACGCGAGACUCCGAAACUCUCCCUCAUGACACGUCACAUACAGGCCUGCCUCUUGACAUGCUCCCAUGUAGCUCUGUACAUGAUCCGACUCAGACCAGGGACUAUGAACCGUUCGAUCGUUGUGAGGAAGACGAUGAAGAGUGCACUGUCGUCGAUGACAACAACGUUGAGGACAUCUCAGAGGAAAACCCCUACGUUCAUCUUGUAGCUAUGAAAAGAUAGAGUCUUAGUUGCUCCAGAAAAUGGAUUGGUCAACAAAGAACAACUUCGAAAUGAAAUGGAUGGUAGGGGCACCUCAUGAUUUUCAGUAAUACAUUCUUAAAAUUUACACUACUAACAUGACUCUUGCUCAAUGUAAUCUAUUACAUUAUACAGUGUGAGGAGAUCUUAGUAUCUCCCACCCCUUCGUACUGAGGAUGAUAAACUCCACCUCACUACGACCUUGCCCUGACAAUUUCAGAUUGACUGUUGUCUUAUA